CGUCGUACCCUUUUUUUUCUCUUGAGCACAUUUGCGAGCGCUUUCCUUUGCAUGGUGACACAUUUGCGGAACAGAGAAUGUCGAAAUGUGUUGUUCAUUCUGUGCGAGAGAAUUCUUUGCUGAAAUGAGUCACAAUGCAAAUUAGCAAGAUGAUAUCGUGAGAAUACUAAUUACACGGCGAUAUGCAAUUUUACCCAUUUUUUCCUUCAAUUUCUAUGCAAGAUUUAUGUUCUUGAAUUGUCUGAUAUUCAAUUUCUGAUUUCAAAACAGAAGGCAAAAGAAUAAAUUACAAAUUGCUGAGAAUUCCAUCGAGGAAAUGAGAAUUCAAUUAAUUUAUCACUGAAGGAUUGACAUUUUGCAUUUCUUCCAAUGUAACUUUAAAAUCCUUAUCAAUCUUUGUCUAAUGAGAAAUUGGCGUAAAGUUGCAUUGAGCUGAUAAUUUGCUGUCUAUGAAAUGCUUAACUGAAAAUGUAUAUAAAAUGCACUAAAUGUCAUAUGAAAAUCUCACGCUAUCAUCUCUGGUUUAUCAAUGUGAAAUUGUUAUUUGAAGGCAGAAAUUCCCAAAUGGCGAGUGAACCAAUUGAAUAGCGAUUGAUUUGCACAGAGAGAGAGAGAGUGAGCGUGUUCCCAACAAGAGACUUGCUACUCAAAAACGGGCGUCCGACAGCUGGCAAAUAAUGUCCAUUAUUGCAAUUACUUUAGGCAGAAAGAAAGAGAGAGAGAGUUUCUCAAAGGAGACAUGUUGUUUUUGUAUUGUUUGUAAUUUAAUUUCAUAUUAUGUUCUUUUUUUCUCUUUUCUCGGAGUUGUUUCUUCACUUUCAGAGAUAAAAAUGUGUGCAAAAGUGUGUCAGAUUCUCCUCGAGAGUUGUCCUGUGUGGUCCAACGGCUAGCCAUAGAUCCACUCACACUCACACAAUCAGUCACACGUUCUGUGGAGGGCCGACAAGGCGACAAAAAUUUUAAUGAAUAAUUUCACAUAAUCGCCACUAAAUGUGUCUCUAUAUUUUCUUUUCUCUUUCAUCUCUCUCCGAGUGUGUCUCAGGAGACUUACAAGCGUUGUGUGCGCGCGCUAAGAUUGGGGGAAAAAAAAAGUCAGCACGAAAAGCCCCCCUCAAUAAAAUCAAAAAUAAUUCCUCCAUCCUUCAUCUGAAAAGAAGAAGAAGAUAAAAAAAAGAAUGCAUUAGAAGAGAAAAUCCAAAUGCCGCACAGUGAUUGAUUGGCGAUGUGAAGUUUGGACCGGGCGCCAGGUCGGCUCUGCUGGGCAUCCUGGGCGGUGCGCUGCCGCGCCUGUCGUCCGAGCAGUUGGAAACGGUGACGCGGGCGAAGAAGUACGCCAUGGAGCAGAGUAUUAAGAUGGUUCUGAUGAAGCAGACACUUGCGCACCAGCAACAACAACUCGCCAGCCAGAGAACUCAGGUUCAGCGGCAACAGGCUCUCGCUCUGAUGUGCAGAGUUUACGUGGGCAGCAUCUCAUUCGAGCUGAAGGAGGACACAAUUCGAGCCUCUUUCCUGCCAUUUGGGCCCAUCAAGUCCAUCAACAUGUCCUGGGAUCCUGUGACACAGAAGCACAAGGGAUUCGCCUUUGUGGAAUAUGAAAUCCCAGAAGGCGCUCAAUUGGCGCUGGAGCAGAUGAACGGCGCCAUGCUCGGUGGGCGGAAUAUAAAGGUCGGCAGGCCUAGCAACAUGCCGCAGGCGCAGCAAGUGAUUGAUGAGAUUCAGGAGGAGGCGAAGAGUUACAAUCGUAUUUACAUAGCGUCAAUCCAUCCGGAUUUGUCGGAAGAGGACCUGAAGAGUGUCUUUGAGGCAUUCGGGCCCAUCAUCUACUGCCGCAUCUCGCAGGGAAGCUCUCUGCACUCGCACAAGGGCUACGGCUUUAUUGAGUAUGCCACCAAAGUGGCGGCGGACGAAGCAAUCUCUAGCAUGAAUCUUUUCGACUUGGGCGGUCAAUUGCUGAGAGUUGGACGAUCCAUAACGCCUCCAAAUGCUCUCGUUGGACCCUCGCCCAAUUCAUCCAUGCCGACGGCGGCCGCCGUGGCUGCAGCAGCCGCUACGGCAAAGAUUCAAGCGAUGGACGCCGUUGCCACCAAUGCUGUUCUGGGUCUCUCAGCCGCGGCGCCUUCGCUCGGCCUCUCAUCUUUGCCCUCCAUGACGGCGCCCACGUGCAUCCCAUCUGUCACGGCGCUCACGACCAACUCGGCCGUCUCCGUGACAAGCAUUCACGCCGCCGCGGCCGCUGCGGCAGCAGCUGCAGCGGCGGCCGCCGCUCAGCAUCCCGUGUCCAUGGCAACUGUUCCGGCAGUUGUGCUGCCGCCGCCUGGCGUCGUGACCCUGCCUGCGAGCACCGCGGCGUCGCUGCACCCGCCGCAGGUAGUGAAUCCCGUGCUGGGCGCCGUGACGAAUGCGGCCGUCGUGAAUUCGUCGCCCAAGACAGCCGCUGUGGCAGCAGCUGCGGCCGCGGCGGCUGUGGUUACAUCGACGCUGGCCGCGCAGGCGGCCGCGGUGGGCCACAAUGCGGAGAGCGUGCUGAAGAAGGCACACGAGAGACAACAGGAGGAGCUGCAGAAGAAGCUGCUGGAGGAGGGCGAGCCGCAGACGUUGCAGCAGCAGGAGACAAUGUCAAUUAAGGGGCAGAGCGCCAGGCAUCUGGUGAUGCAGCGCCUGAUGCGCCCCACGGACAGCCGUGUGGUGAUCCUGCGCAACAUGGUGGGCCCCGAGGAUGUGGACGAGACGCUGCAGGAGGAGAUCCAGGAGGAGUGCAGCAAGUUCGGCACGGUGGAGCAGGUGAUUAUCUACAAGGAGAAACAGACAGACAAUGAGGAGGACGAGGAGGCGGAUGUGAUUGUGAAGAUCUUCGUGGAGUUCACCAUGUCCGCGGAGGCGCUCAAGGCGAGAGAAGUGCUCCAUGGGCGCUACUUUGGCGGGCGGCUCGUGCAGGCGCAAUUGUACGAUCAGGCGUUGUUCGACCACGGAGAUUUGUCUGCCUGAACUGCUCUCUGUGUCCAUGCUUGUGAGAUGGAAUAAAUUGUAUAGCACAGUG